AUGAUUUUAACAGUAAGUGAUGAUCCGGAAUUUCAAAUCUGUCAUGAAGUAAUUGUGGACAACGAUGCAACACUUUCUACUUUUCUCAAUGAAUGUGUGAAUAAUAUGAAAGAUUAUCGUAAUAUUUCACUUACAGAUCUUUUGGUUGUAAUAAAUGGAAAGAAGAUUAUUCCUGGAAAUAAAAAUUUAAAUGAAAAACUUUUGAAUCUUGGUUUUUCGAAUGCAGAUUUAGUUCUUGUCCAGAAAAAGCCUUCACAUCUCGUACCAAGUACUUCAAAACAAAAUGAUCGAACAAAUAUUAUAGCGGAUUUGGUGAAAGCAAUAAAAGUUCCAAGUCAUUCCAAAUUGAAUCCAAAUCAAGUGAUUGCUAGAAAACAUAAUUUACUUGAAUCAGAUAUUGCUGCUCAUAGUGGUAUGAGAAUUUUGGCUCAGAAACUGAGCAGAAAUGGCCUCGAUUAUACUUCGCUCCCAUGCCUUGUGUAUGUAAAUGUAAUCCUUGUUUUCAUGGCUCAGUUUCUGUACUCUUCUUCUCUUAUACUCUUCUUCCAUUAUAAAAAUGAAGUCCUGACCGAACUCACUUUUGCAAAAAGUAGAGCCCUGUUGGUUAUUGGAGCCAACCAAAUCAAAUGGCGAAUGUUGCGACAAGAGGAAGAAGGGACUUAUAAUCAUGUUCAGAUCUGA